CUCUCUGGCCCUGCCUCUAGUUGUGUGGCUGGGUUUUCCUUUCCUGGGGAAGGAAGGAGAUAUGGCUGAAAUAGGGUUAGCAAGUAAAAAUGUUGGGCAACCAAUUAAAAUUUAAUUUCAGGGAGCGGGGAAAACCCUGCAGUUCUGGGUGGGUUUUUCGUUUGUUUUUUGUUUGUUCUGUUAGUUGUGGUUGUUUUUGUUUGUUUGGGUCUUGGUUUUGUUUUGUUUUUGAGACGGAGUCUCACAUAUUCUGGGUUGGCCUAGAACUUGCGAAAUAGCAGAGGACGAAGAACUUCUUCACCUCCCGAGUACUGAGAUUACUGAGGUACACCACCGUGUCCGGUUCUAUACUCCAAGAUGACUAAGAAGAACUGGAAAGUUUCUAAGACUUUGCUCUCACCUAGACUUAUUCCUGAGUGGAAGAAUUUGAAAUCUAUCAUAAAUGACAUCUUGAAUGACAGAGAGAUUCAGGAAGACAUCCGGCGUAAUGUGAUUGUCCUGAGUGACCGGCACCAGACUCUGUACCAGGAGUCUUAUCAUUUACAGAAAAAGCUUUUUGUGUGCUUCUACUCUCUGGAUGCCAACUAUUUCGUCGCCUUAAACUGGUUGGAACAGUAUGACAAACAAAUACAAGCAGUACUGUGGAUACAGGAAAAAAAUAAAGAAAAGAAAAGGAUAGUCAAGAAGAUGAAAUUUCCCAUGAUGGCUGAAGUGCCACCCAUCAAAUCAAUGGUCCACGCGAGCUCCCAUCGCCUGUUAAUAGCUUACUGCGACGACAUGCGCCUGCGGCUCUUCGGAGACCACCGUCAGGCAUUCGUCACUCUGAGCACAGUGCCUUGUCGUUUCUCCAUCAGCUGUCUCUGCUAUGACUCAGAAACUGGGGUGCUCUUUUCUGGUACUUCGGGAGCUGUGGUUACCUGGUCGAUCUUAGCAAAUGGCGAGGGCCUCCAGAUGGCUCAAAAAGUGGCUGUGAGCGGUCGUGAGCUUGUACAGGACUUGUCCCUGAACUCAUCCCUGGGCUUCCUGAUGGCUCUGUGUGAGAGUGUGGUGAGGGUCUUUACCCAGGAGGGUCAAGGCCAGCUCAGAGAAGUGAAGACAUUCACUUCGCUAACCAGCGGCUCCUCCCUCACCUGCUCCUGUAGCUGUGUUUCACAGAACACCUUCUACGCUGGAAACAAGAAUGGAGAGAUCCACGCUUGGGGUAUAGAUAACAGUAACUUCCUCCACAGCUUCAAGGCCCAUUCCUCAUCGGUGAUGUGCGUCAACAGUCGGCCAGAGACCUACACCUUGUUCACCGCAGGGAGAGAGGGUUUGUUGAAGGAGUGGAACCUUGCUUCCGGGAACUUGCUGCGGCAGCUGAAUGUUGGCACAGGUCUGCAACAACUGCAGUUUAUGGAUAACAACACUUUCUUCUGCCAGAGUGCCUCUACUUUCUCACUGAAUCGCCUGCCCCACUUUUACAGGCUCUUCAAUAUCUGCGGCUCUGCUCCGCAGAAGAUACAGCGGGUCCUCUGUGGCCGUAACUGGACUCGCAUCCUGUGUGCCACCGAGGACGGUUUACUGCGUUUCUUGUCUCCAGUAACAGGGGACCUCCUGGUUGUUACGUGGCCUCUGCUUAUCAUGGAUAAGGCUGUGGCGUGGGUCUAUCACUCAGAGAGAGAGGAGCUCUUUGUGGCAAUAGACAGUCCAGAGGUGCUGGUGUUUGAUGUCACACGUUCCCCUUGUACAGCCAAAUAUAUCGUGUGCACUUCAGAAAACUACAGAGAUAAAGUAAAAUGCCUGGCUUACGGGAGGUCCCAUUUGGGCAAUAGUAACAAAGGACUGAUAUUCUGUGGGCAUGAGAGCGGCACUGUGAGAAUCUUGUCUCAGUACUGCUCGAUUCGGACAGAGAACACUAUCCACUCCGGGGCAGUGCUGGCCUUGUCUACCCCGGAUGGUUUUGAAGAAAAUCCUUUACUGUGCUCCUAUGGCAAGGACAAGUACAUACACCUCACAAAGGUGGUGCGUUCAGAGAAGAACAUGACCCUAGAGCCUGUCAGAGCCACUGAUGGAUCAGUCCGGAUCUGGGACUUCCGUGGGAAACUGGUAACUCAGUUUGACUCCGAACUGCAUUUUGGUUCACCUUGCUUUGCCAAUAAUCGAGAAAAAUAUAAGAAAUAUUUUGGUGCUCUGACACAGAUUUUCGCCAGUUACCAAAUCCCUUCAAAGAUGCGUAUUGAGACAGCCUGCCGCCUGCUCAAAGAUAUAACCCAUUACAACUCCGGUAUCCGUGAGCUAGCCUGGGAGAUGCUAGAGAGGCUGGGCUUCAUAAGCCACGUUUUUACCCUUCCACUGACUACGGGGUUGAUGGACAGUGAUAAGACUGUGCGGACUAGGGUCUUAUACCUUAUGUCCAGAUACACUGGCAUCCAGACCAAGUCCAUGCUGUUACACCAGCUAAGACGGCGAGAUACCCUCCAAGAAAUACAGCAAGAAAUGAUUGAUGAUAUCUCUCUAAGCCAUCUGCUGAGGAUUCAAGCUAGCGACAUGGAUUGCCUGAUCUCUCAUGUGAAGGAGAGGUUAAAUGAAGACCUGACCAUGUCGCACAGAGGCAGUUCACUCCGUUUUUCCUUUGAUUCGGUGACCCUGGAGGAACUUGAGACAGCUGCGGAACAAGCAUUUAUACCUUUGUCAGAAUCUGAAAAGAUUGAUGGACUGAAGAAAAGAAAGAAACGUGUUCAAGACAAGACCAGAAAGAUUGUUAGAAAAGCCCUGAAAGUGUCCAAGAGAAAAAAGGCAGAUUUGCAAAAGGUGCCUUCCGUGAUAUCAAUUGAACAAAGAAGGGCUAGGAAACUCCUUCAAGGUGACAUCCAGGAUGCUUCCUUAAUGCCAGAGCUCAGCUCUGAGCAAACCACGGAAAAACAGGAAGUAGGGAUGAAGGCAGGCAAAGAGGUCCUGGACCUCCUGGGAGCCACAGAUAGAGAAGCGACCAUUAAGCAAAGAGAAGCUUACCUUAAAACGCUUUUGAAACAAGCAGUGAGAAAAGAAAAAGUAGCACAGCAGGAGCUGAAAGAAGGUCUUCCAGAGAUGGCUGCUGAAACACCCAAGAAAGAAGUCCAAAAGGGACUCCUACCACCUGCUGAGCCAGAAAAAGACACAAUGAAGACAUACGAAAAGUUGAGUCAUGGUUUGGCGGGGCCCCCUGGGCGUAUGAGCCGAUCAGACAGGAAGUCUUGGCGAGAGGAUAUCUGCAACCUUCUCACUUCAAGAAUAGCGAGUUCUUAUCCAGACACAGAAAGGGACCUGGGUAAAGAACUGCAGGAUUUGGCUGAGGUGGUGCUCACCGACCAACCCAGCUUGGCUCUUUUCCAAGACAUAUGUCCUGAGAGAAGGGUCUCACGAACCAUGCCAUCAGAACCUGAAGCAGUUGUGCAGGAACCAUCUGUCCCUAGAAGAAAGGUGGCUAAAAAAGCUAUCAAGGAGGAAGUGCCAGUGCCAGUUCAAAAGGACACAAGCUUUCUGAAGAAACACAAGAUGUCUUCUCCAAAAGGCAAGAAAAGUGGAUUGGAUUUCUCAGACAGUCAUUGGCCCUUGGAGAAAAAGAAAAGUAAGGCAAUGGUCACGAAACCAGGCAAACAGAAAGGAGAAAGAGUUGAAGACAAAAAGGAGUUGAUAAAGCUUGAAGAGAAAAAGAGAUUGAUAAAGCCUGAGGAAACAAAGAAGAAAAAAAUAAAAUUAAUUCCAGAUGAGAAGGAACCAGCCUACCCAGAGGAGACACUAACACGUGAUGAAGAGACACCUGCUGCCCUUCAAAAACUGUUAACUAUGGAAGACCGGAAGUUACUUCAAGAAGAAAUAGCCCACCCAGAGGAGACACUAACACGUGAUGAAGAGACACCUGCUGCCCCUCAUAAGCUGUUAACUAUGGAAGACCAGAAGUUACUUCAAGAAGAAAUAGCCCACCCAGAGGAGACACUAACACAUGAUGAAGAGACACCUGCUGCCCCUCAAAAGCUGUUAACUAUGGAAGACCAGAAGUUACUUCAAGAAGAAAUAGGACUAACUAGAAAACCAGGCAAACAGAAAGGAAAAAGAGCUGAAGACAAAAAGGAGUUGAUGAAGCUUGAAGAGAAAAAGAGAUUGAAAAAGCCCAAGGAAACAAAGAAGGAAAAAAUAAAAUUAAUCCCAGAUGAAAAGGAACCAGCCUACCCAGAGGAGACACUAACACGUGAUGAAGAGACACCUGCUGCCCCUCAAAAGCUGUUAACUAUGGAAGACCGGAAGUUACUUCAAGAAGAAAUAGCCUACCCAGAGGAGACACUAACACGUGACAAAGAGACACCUGCUGCCCCACAAAAGCUGUUAACUAUGGAAGACCAGAAGUUACUUCAAGAAGAAAUAGGUCUAACUAGAAAAGAGAAGAAACAACUUAGAAAAGAAAAGAAGACAAAACUGACCAUGGAUGAAAAGAAACCAACCCAUCCAGAAAAGACAAUGAUUCCGGACAAAGAAAUGCAUGAAUCCCCACAAAAAGUGUUAAGUACAGAAGACGUGAAGUUAGCUCUUGAAGAAAAGGAACUGCCUAGACAGGAGAAGAAGCUACAUAAAGAAGAAAAGAAAGCAGUCUCAGAAGAAGGAACGAUGGCCCUGGAAAAGAAAAAGUGGGAUGGGCAAAAGAUUAUGGAAGCCCAUGAGGAGAGCAUGAGGGCCAGGCAACCGAGAAAGCGAAGAGAGAGGAAACACAGAAAGAGGAAGCAGGGAGAGGAAGAGGAGAAAGAGGAAGAGGCUGGGGAAGAAAAGCAACUGAUCCCAGAUGUAGAAGAACAAGUUGAGGAAAGGAAGCUACAGCCUCAGGAAGAGAAGAAACAGAGAACUGAGGAGGGUGAGGAGGAAACAUAUUCUUCUCCAGAAGAGGAGGAAACAUUUGAGGAAGAAAGUGAGGAAACAUCUGAGGAAGAAAGUGAGGAAACAUCUGAGGAAGGAAGUGAGGGAGCAUUGGAAAGGGAGAGCCUGACAGAGCAAGAGGAUAUAUUGGCUCAAAAACAGGAUUGGCCUAUAGAAGAAGAAAAAGAAGCUGAUAGACUAGUCAGGGAAGAGGAUGAACAACAGUGGGAAAAGUGGCCAGAGCAGGCGUUGGGACAAGAACAGGAAAAGGAAGAGGAAGCCAAGGAGAAAAAACAUUUAGCUCAGGAAAUAGAGAGACUGGACCUAGGAGAGAAGGAAGAGUUUGAAAAAAUGAAGGAAGUUAGGCCCACCUGGAAAGGGAGAAGAAAAGCUUACCCGGAAAAGAGAAGAACCCAGAAAGAUACAAGGAUAACUGAAGGAGAGAAGAGAGCAUUCUGGGAAAAAGAGAAGAUGGGGCCAGCAAAGGAAGAGGAGAAGGGGGAAGAGGAGGGGGAGGAAGAAGAAGAGGGAGAGGAGGAAGAGGAAGAAGAGGAGGAGGGAAGGAAGGAGGAGAAAGAAGCAGCCAAGAAAGAAGAGAAAUGGAGAGCUGAAAGAGAAAGAUUAUCCAUUCUAAGAAGUCAACUGACUCUGAAAGAGGAAGAAGAGCCUGAGCCUGUGAAAAUAACACAGCGGUCAAGGAAGGGAUUAAUGGUGGUUCCAGAAGACGAGACAAUGCAGGAGAAAUGGCUUGCAGAAAAAAAGAAACAGGCAAAGAAAAGGGAGAAAGCAACUGAAGGAAGAAAAGAGAGAACCAAGAAAAAAGAGAAACCAGUUCUACAGAGUGAGAAAGAGGAGAAUCAGUUCCAGGAGGAGGGGAAAGAGACUGAACAGAAAAAACAAUUGGUUCCAGAAGAAGAGAAAGCGAUGCUAAUAAGAAAGGGUCCUCAGGCUGGUGAACUCGAGAGCUGGUUCCAACUGGUUCCAGAAGAAGAGGAAGAGAUGCUACAAAAGGAGAGUCCUCAGGCUAGUGAACUCGAGAGCCAGUUCCAGGAAAAAGAGGAAGUGAUAUUGACCCCAGAAGACUGGGAAAAGAGACAGGAAAAACAGGCUAAAGCCAAAGAAAGAAUGGGGCUAGGAAAGGAAAAGACAGAAGUAACCUUAAAAGAAGAACAAAUUAAGAAAAAACAAGAAAGAUUGUUCCAGGGAGAGAGGAAAUUAAUCGAUAUCUUUAGGAUCAAGCGGGGGCACCUUGUUAAGGAUAAGAAAAAAGGCAGAGAGGAAAGAAAGCAGGCAGUUAAGGAGCAGGCUGUGGAAAGUGGGGUUCUUCCUAAAGAGAUGGAAGCUGGUGCCAAGAAAAAACUAGGGGCUAAAGAGAUGCAACUGUUGAGGGACCUGGCUGGAAUACUUAGAGAAGCGAGUUCAAUGCCUUUGGGGGAGACAGACAUACCAGCAGAAGAGCAUAAGCUCCCUGCUAUUACAGUUGUUGGCCGAGGAUGGGAAGUUCUUAAGAAACAGGGGGUAAAAGUUGAAGAGAGGAAGCAAGCCGGGAAAGAGAGAAAGCGAGAAGGUGACAGGCUGACUGAGAAAGCCCACUUGGAGGAGGACUGCAAGAUCUUAAGGAAGAACCAGGAGACGAUUUCCCUGGAUAGAGCCCAGGUAGAGACACUGCUGAUGAAGCUCCAGGAGGGACAGUUCUUAAAGCAAAAGCAGCUAGCAGAGCUUGGCAAGCACAUUGAAGAGAGAGAGCCAGGAAAGAUACAGCUGAAGUGGCUGCUGGACAAUGUCAGACAUCGCCUCUUUGAGGAAUGGGCUGAGGAGAAAAUGGAGAAAGGCUUAACUUAUCCAGAAAGAGCAGGGGUGUCUAAGGAGGAAAAGGAAAAGGAGAGGAUAGAAGGUGAAGAGGAAGAGGAGGCUGUGCCUAAGAAAAAGAAAAGGAGAUACCUGAAGAGAAAGGUCAGUUUGAGUGAAGAGGACUUACAGAACUUGACUGAGGAACAAAGGAAAAGGAGGCUGAUCCAAAAAAGGAAAAUGGGAAAGAGGUUGGCUGAGAAGAAAAAGAAGCUGAGUGCAGAGGAGGGCCUAGAUGAGGAAGAGGAGGGACAUCUCAUUCAAGAAGAGUUGGGGCAUGUUGGGGAGGAAGACAAGGUCAGGGAAGAUGAGAAGGGGGUUCUUAGUGUGGAAGAAGAGAGCCCAAGUGAGGAAAGCCUGAGAGAAAAAAGUUCGAGUGAGGAAAGCCUGAGAGAAAAAAGCUUGAGUGAAGCAAGCUUGAGAGAAAAAAGCUUGAGUGAGGAAAGCCUGAGAGAAAAAAGUUUGAGUGAGGAAAGCCUGAGAGAAAAAAGCUUGAGUGAGGAAAGCCUGAGAGAAAAAAGCCCAAGUGAGGAAAGCCUGAGAGAAAAAAGGCUGAGAGAAAAAAGACAGAGAGAAAAAAGCCGGAGAGAAAAAAGCCUGAGAGAAAAAAGCCCAAGUGAGGAAAGCCUGAGAGAAAAAAGCCUGAGAGAAAAAAGCCUGAGAGAAAAAAGCCUCAGAGUAAAAAGCCUCAGAGAAAAAAGCCUCAGAGUAAAAAGCCCAAGUGAGGAAAGCCUGAGAGAAAAAAGCCUCAGAGUAAAAAGCCUCAGAGUAAAAGGCCUCAGAGAAAAGAGCCUCAGAGAAAAAAGCCCAAGUGAGGAAAGCCUGAGAGAAAAAAGCAUGAGAGAAAAAAGCCCAAGAGAAAAAAGCCUGAGAGAAAAAGGCCUCAGAGUAAAAAGCCUCAGAGAAAAAAGCCUGAGAGAAAAAAGCCCAAGUGAGGAAAGCCUGAGAGUAAAAAGCCUCAGAAUAAAAAGCCUCAGAGUAAAAAGCCUGAGAGAAAAAAGCCCAAGAGAAAAAAGCAUGAGAAAAAAAAGCCCAAGUGAGGAAAGCCUGAGAGAAAAAGGCCUGAGAGAAAAAAGCCCAAGUGAGGAAAGCCUGAGAGAAAAAAGCCCAAGUGAGGAAAGCCUGAGAGAAAAAAGGCUGAGAGAAAAAAGACAGAGAGAAAAAAGCCGGAGAGAAAAAAGGCUGAGAGAAAAAAGCCUGAGAGAAAAAAGCCCAAACAGACAAACUUUGGCCCUGAUGUAUCAAAAGGAACUCAAGGCUCUUAAGAGAAAAGGCAGGUAUCCCAUAUUGGCCAAAUUGGAGAAGACAAAGCCUGUCUCAGAAAAAAGAGAAGCGCUGCCUUCAUGGGAGACGUUUGUGGCGCUCUACCAUGUUUUACAGAUGCUACAGCAGCGGUAUGCCAAAGACAUGACUACUUGGAUGGAAAAGUUUUACCAGCUCAUGGACCUGUACCAGAUUAAGUCCCCCCGAAUCCAGAGGCUGCUGCAGGACCUGCUACUGAGAAAACCGCCCCAGUCCCAAGAGUUCGUCUCCAAAGAGACUCUCAAGGCCGUGGAGCUAGUGCCCGGGGAGCGGCUGUUCUACCGUCUGUUUUGCCGUGGUGCCCCUGCAGGUUCCCUUAAAUUCUGGGAAGUGAUACCCCUCUCUGGGAAGAACAAUGUGGAUACCGUCCAAUCUGUGGGUAUUGCCCAGUAUGGGUUCCUAGAACUCGCCUGGAAAAGCUUACCUCAAGUCAAUCCUUACUUGGUCAAAAAACUGCCCCCUGUUUCCCAUCAUACUCACUGA